UCGAAGAUCACCCCCAGCCCGGACGGCGCAGGGCUCCACCGCCGCGGAGGGUGGGAGCGGAGCCGUGUAGGCGAGGGGCGCCGCGGCCGACUCGACAGCGCGCCCAGCACCUCGGGCUGUCUCCCUCCCUCUCUCCGAAAAAACGGAGGAAAGGAGCAGAUUCCUGAAGCCGCGCGGACUGACAGAAUCCUCAAGAGCUUGGAAAUCCCUUCACCUUGGUCCCUGACACUUGGAGGAACUGACAGCUGGCUGAGAGAAAACUCAAUCGGAACAAGAAAAGACAUAAGUGAAGUAUGAAAUUUGGAAUAGUGUUUUCAGAUGCUCUACAAUCAGAAUAGGCCUCUGAGUUGUGCCCAACUGUCACCCAUUCCUUAAUUCCUAAACUGCUGAGUUGCAGGUAUUGAUUUCUGACUUUUGAAGAUGGAUGAAGGUCUAGAAAUUUCAAGUGAUGGCAACUCCCUGAUUAAAGCAGUCCAUCAGAGCCGGCUUCGCCUCACAAGACUCUUGCUAGAAGGGGGUGCCUACAUUAACGAGAGCAAUGACCGCGGGGAAACACCUUUAAUGAUCGCUUGUAAGACCAAACACGUUGAUCCCCAGAGUGUCAGUAAGGCCAAAAUGGUUAAAUACCUGUUAGAGAACAAUGCUGACCCCAACAUCCAGGACAAAUCUGGGAAAACUGCUCUGAUGCAUGCUUGCUUAGAAAAAGCUGGUCCUGAAGUUGUUUCUUUGCUCCUACAGAGUGGAGCUGACCUCAGCUUGCAAGACCAUUCUAGUUACUCAGCCCUCGUUUAUGCUAUAAAUUCAGAAGAUAGAGAAACCUUGAAAGUUCUACUUAGUGCUUGCAAGGCCAAAGGGAAAGAAGUCAUUAUCAUAACCACAGCAAAAUCGCCCUCUGGCAGGCACACUACCAAACAGUACUUAAAUAUGCCUCCUGUUGAUCCAGAUGGAUGUCCCUCCCCAGCCACCUGUGCUACUCCUUCAGAAAUAGAAAUAAAAACAGCGACAUCGCCCCUUUCACAUUCUUCUGAAACUGACAUGACACUUUUUAGCUUUAAAGAUCUGGAACCUUCAGGAAGCAGUGAUGGUACAUGGGACCCAGAUUCCCCUGUGAGAAAACCGUCUCUGGCUCCUACUGGACCCAAGCUACCCCAGGCUACAUCCUGGGUCAAGAGUACCCCAUUAUUAAUGCACCAGAACAGAGUGGCCUCCUUGCAAGAGGAGCUCCAGGAUAUCACUCCAGAAGAAGAAUUAUCCUACAAAACCAACGGACUGGCACUUUCCAAGCGAUUCAUCACUAGACACCAAAGCAUUGAUGUGAAGGACACUGCACAUUUGCUCCGAGCCUUUGAUCAGGCCAGCUCAAGAAAGAUGUCAUAUGAUGAAAUAAAUUUUCAGUCUCUUUUUUCGGAAGGAAGUCAGCAAUGCAUUGAUACGCCUGUUGACCAGGACCCAGACUCUAAUCAGACCAUAUUUGUUUCCACCUUAAAAAGUAUUGUUCAAAAAAGAAACUCCGGGGCAAAUCACUAUAGCUCCGAUUCCCAGCUCUCAGCUGGUCUUACCCCCACAACUUUAGAAGAUGGCAAAGCAGUUAUAGGAAAGAAAAAGAUCCUCUCACCAGCUCCUUCUUUGUUGUCAGGGUCCAAAGAAGUGUUGGAAAAUAUGCCCCCAGGCCCCCUGAGCAGGAGAAAUCAUGCAGUUUUAGAAAGGCGAGGUUCUGGAGCUUUCCCUUUAGAUCACAGUAUCAUGCAAACCAGACCAGGAUUUCUGCCACCCUUAAAUGUGAACCCUCACCCUCCCUUCUCAGAUAUCAAUGCCAACAACAAGAUUUCCAGCCUUCUUUCUUGUGGUCAAAAAGUGCUUAUGCCAACAGUUCCUAUUUUCCCUAAAGAAUUCAAAAGUAAAAAAAUGUUGUUAAGGAGACAGUCAUUGCAAACAGAACAAAUUAAGCAAUUAGUUAAUUUUUAAGACAUGGUAGAAAACACAUUUUUGUUCAAAUCUCUAUAUCAGAGAAAUCUAGGACUAGAAAAGACAUCACAAAUGUUGUACUGUGUAUUGUACUAAACACUGUGGACACACACAAAACAUAUAGUUUCUGCUAAGGAAUUCUGUCAAAAUUAAAGCUGCUUUUCUCAAAACCUCCAAUAUUUAACAAUCUAUCUGAUGUUAAUUUAAGUAAAAUUCAACAAAGCUCACAUAUACAAAGAUAAAUUUCAAUUUUUUUCAGAUUUGCCAUUAAUGUUGCUAGAAAACAUUGAGUACAAGUCAUUAAAUGUAUUUUCGCAUACCAGGUCAAUAAAUAAUUGUAAUUUUCCAUGAUGUCAAAAGCAUAAAACACUGACAGCUAUGAAAUACAAUACGAUCGAUAAGCCUAACUACAAGAAAGAAUGGACUAGUUCUUAAAAAAUGUUGACUGCAGGUAGAUGAAAAUCUAAUUAAAAUUUCAAAAAAGACAAUCAUAAUCAUCUGAGUGGCUAAUAUUAGUAACUUAAUCAGUGUCUACAUGGCAGCUCAGAGUUUUAAAAUUAGUAAUAUAUGGCCAAGGCUUUGUAUGCUAUUUUUUGUCGUUUAUUUUAAACAAACUUUUUAUGUCAUAUGUAAUUCUUUCUCUGUAUCUUUUAUUCCCUGUUUUUUUUAAGCCUAUCCAUAAAUUCCCAGUAAGAUAAUGAAAAAGUUAUAAAGCAUUCCUCUUUACUUAUAUCAAAUUAUUCUUGCCUUUCUAAGGACAUUAAAAAAGAUUGAAAUUUAUCACAAAUAGAAUCUAAGUGCUUGCUAUAUUUUUAAAAAGAAAAACUAUCAUUAGAUAAUCUUAGCUUAGCUAAAAUUAAGAAAACCAGUAGAAACCUAAUUAUAAAAUAUACUGAAUAUUCGGUCAAUAUUAAAUAAUGUCUUUCAUUUCUUAUGUAAUUAUUAGACACUGAUAUAAUACAUAAAAGAAUAAGUUCCUUAAGUGACAUUCAAAUCAUCUAGUAUUUUAGGACUUGUGAAUAAAUCCUAGCAAAAUAAAUGAAUACCACACUAUUAUCUUAAGAUACUAUAAAAUAACUAUUAUUGAUAUGAUUUCAAAAUAUGGUGUUUAUACAAUGAAUCCUUAUUUCAAUCUAGAAGUUUAAAACAAAGAAUAAAUCAAACUAUACAAAGCCAGAGUGAGUUGAUGAUUGUCACAUGAAAACUCUUUUUUUCUUUGUCAUAGAAGAGAUCCUAGUAAUUGGCAUGAUGCUUUUCUUGGUAAUUUGAUAUAAGCAAAUUGUAAUGUACAUAGUAAUUAUUUAAUUUCUUGUGACUUUUAUUUGAAAAAAAUAG